CUAUUUUUUGGGUCUAACUCUUAUUUGAGGUAGGUUUGCCAGUGAAUGAUUUGUACAAAACCAUUAGGGCCUUAAAGAAGCAAUACCGAAACUGAUAACUAACUUACAGCGGAUUUGUCCUUGAAGGCUGCUGUGCCGUGCGCGCCAUUUAUGUAGCCUUCAGACGAUUUAUAUCUAUGUAGCCUAUUUGGAGGAGCCCCGUGCGGGGCUGUGGUGGGCGGCGAUGAGCGAUGGGUUGAUGGUAAACAGGGGUAGUGUGUAAGUUCAACUCAGUGUCAUGCACUGAGAAUAGUGUUGUAUCAGACUUAGCGUCGGUGAGUAGAUGUAGCGAUGCUACCUUUGUACGGCUGGCGUGCUCUAUGAAAAUGAAGUAACUUCUCGGCCCCUGCUGCGUUGACCUGCGAGCCAGGACCACGCGUCGGCCUGACGUCUCGGAUAGCGUCAUCUCGUACAUAACUUUGUGGAGCAGUUUCUGGACACCACACAGGGUGGAGGUACGGCAGGUUCCAGCCGAGCAACAGACACAGACAGCACUCAACCUGAUAUAGCCAAUCAAAAUGAGUUUUACGAGUGAUGAGCUCAACUUUCUGGUGUACCGCUACCUCCAAGAAUCAGGGUUCUCCCACUCGGCCUACACAUUCGGCAUGGAGUCGCACAUUGCUCAGAGCAACAUCAACGGCGCGCUGGUGCCGCCGGCAGCACUCAUCAACAUCGUGCAGAAGGGCCUGCAGUACACGGAGGCCGAGAUCAGCAUUGGCGAGGACGGCACCGAGCGGCUGAUCGAGUCUCUCUCGCUGAUCGACGCGGUCAUGCCCGAUAUCGUGGCCACGCGCCAGCUGCUGGCCGCCGCCCAGCAGAAGCAGACGGUCAAGACCGAGGCCGAUCCGCAGCAGGCCAACGGCGAGGAGGUGCCGCCGCAGCCGCCGCCCGCCGUUGACAACAUGGAGGUGGACCAGAGUAUAGAAAUCCCGCCAAGCAAGGCGACCGUUUUAAAAGGACACGGAUCUGAGGUGUUCAUCUGCGCGUGGAACCCCACCACCGAUCUGCUGGCUUCCGGGUCCGGGGACAGCACGGCUCGUAUAUGGAACAUGUCCGACAACGCGUCCAGCAACCACCAGCUGGUGCUGCGCCACUGCAUUCAGAAGGGUGGCACAGAGGUGCCCAGCAACAAGGACGUCACAUCGCUGGACUGGAACUGCGACGGUACGCUCCUGGCUACGGGCUCGUACGACGGCUAUGCCCGGAUCUGGACCACGGACGGCCGCCUGGCGUCCACCCUCGGACAACACAAGGGUCCCAUCUUCGCGCUCAAGUGGAACAAGAAAGGCAAUUUCAUCCUCAGCGCCGGCGUCGAUAAGACCACCAUCAUUUGGGACGCCUCGUCUGGCCACUGCACGCAGCAGUUCGCCUUCCACUCGGCGCCUGCGCUGGACGUCGAUUGGCAGAGCAACACCAGCUUCGCUUCGUGCAGUACUGACCAGUGCAUUCACGUCUGCAAACUGGCCUCCGACAAGCCCAUCAAGUCGUUCCGCGGACACUCGAAUGAGGUAAACGCCAUCAAGUGGGAUCCGCUGGGCAACCUGUUGGCCUCCUGUUCGGAUGACAUGACGCUGAAGAUCUGGUCGAUGAAGCAGGACACGUGCGUGCACGACCUUCAGGCGCACAGCAAGGAGAUCUAUACCAUCAAAUGGUCGCCGACCGGACCCGGCACCAACAACCCCAACAUGAACCUGAUCCUGGCUAGCGCCUCGUUCGAUUCGACGGUGCGCCUGUGGGACGUGGACCGGGGCCAGUACAUCCACACGCUGACCAAGCACACCGAGCCGGUCUACAGCGUGGCGUUCUCCCCGGAUGGCAAGUUCCUGGCGUCGGGCAGCUUUGACAAAUGCGUCCACAUCUGGUCCACGCAGACGGGCCAGCUGGUGCACAGCUACAAGGGCACCGGCGGCAUAUUCGAGGUCUGCUGGAACUCCAAGGGCGACAAAGUGGGCGCCAGCGCCAGUGACGGCAGCGUGUUUGUGCUCGACUUGCGCAAGUAGGCGGGUCAGUACCGGACGCACAGGCCGCCGACAGCCAGAGACGGAGUGUGCACGCGGCGGGCACUGCCGAGGCGAGGCUGGUGGUGGGCGCAGCGCGAGCGGUGGCCCCGCGCUGCGCCGCCUCCGCCGCGCGUCCAGUCAGCCGGCGCCAACGCCGGCCGCCGGACAGCAGCGUUUGUGCGCGACCGAGGGCGGACACUGGGCGCUCGCGCGUGGCUGGCGCGGAUGACCGGGCCCAGACGACGGUGGCGGGACGUAGCGAGCGGCGCCUGCGCACCGUCGGACCACGCGCAGGCAGUGAUUGGUGACUGUGGGCCGUUGGCGGACGGCGGCGCGGAGAACGCGCACACUGGUGACCAGCAGCGGGACAACAGAGUGAUCCGUGAUGCGACCACGAGCGGCGUGCGAGACAAUGAGUCCUCACGGCCAUGCCUGGAAUGAUCUACGCGGGCAACGACAGGAGCGGACAGAAAGAUGGCGGCAGCACGAGGUGGCCAUAGUACAAAGCUUCGUGUUGGCAUUCCUUGCAUCGCGUUUUUAUAGGCGUUGUUCACCGCUGACUUGACUUCUCAGAUGAAUAAACAAUAAAACAGUCUGCACGCUUUUGGUAUUUGCUGAAUGUUAACUUGUUUGAACAACUGUCUAGCCCCCCGUUCAUGCCCCACGUAUGUGUCGCUGUCUCGCAUAGUCCAGGUAGUAUGCCUUCUAUUUUGUUUCGUAUCGCGUGACAGUGUAUUCGGCCGUGCACUGCGCAUGUGGAAGAAUUAUCGAAAAUGCCACAGUGUGGUUGAUCUUCAUAGCCUAUGUGUAUGCUUCCUUGUGUGAGUAUUUUUGUUAGGCAUCGUGUUUUCAUGGUGGUGCUUCAUUCAUGUUUUCAUCUUCCCUCGCUCCUACAUAGUUCCGAUUGGGCUAUGUUUGGGCUUCGGGCAGUAUUACUAUUCGGACAGAUUAUGCCAUGGCUCAGAAAAUGUACAUUUUUAUGGAUGCCCACGGCGAUGAGCAUUUUUCUGAAGCCUUCCCCGGUCUACCUGUGUACUGUCCCACGUUCCCAGCAGUUUCUCCGUAAUGGUCGCUGGUUUUAUCGGUCAUAAAGGAUGUUCGCGUGACGUGAGAGGCGUAGCAUGUGCCGAGUUCUUCCCUGAAUUUGUCCACCCGAUCUGUAACUCGGCACUAUAUUUCACCCAUGAACUUUCCGUGUCAUCAUUUGAGGUGCAUUGGGAUGUCAUAGACGGGGCUGAAAAUAAAAGCUGGAUUUCGUGA